GCCGCGUUGCGCGGGGAAGGGCGCGCGGCGGCACCGGCGGCCGCCAUGGCGGUGGAUAUCACCCUGCUCUUCAAGGCCAGCGUGAAGACCGUGAAGACCCGCAACAAGGCGCUGGGGGUGGCGGCGGUGGGGGACAGCGCCAGGGACGAGCUGCUCAAGCGAGGCACCGCCCGCUCCAAAAGCGACUUCACCAGCAGGGCGCGGGAGGUGAUUUCUCAUAUUGGAAAGCUGAAAGAUUUUCUUCUACAACAUAGAAAGGAUUACAUUAAUGCUUACAGCCAUAUUAUGUCUGAGUAUGUGAGGAUGACGGAUACAGAGCGUGACCAGAUAGAUCAAGAUGCCCAGGUGUUUAUGAGAACAUGUGCUGAUGCCAUUCAUCAGCUCAGAACAGAAGCACACAAGGGUGUCCAGUCUGCUCAGGUGAAGGAGCACAGAACAGCUGUCCUGGACUUCAUUGAAGAUUACUUAAAAAGAGUGUGCAAGCUGUAUUCUGAGCAAAGAGCCAUCCGAGUUAAGCGAGUGAUAGAUAAGAAGAGACUGUCCAAACUUGAACCUGAGCAGAGCAGUGUGUCCAAAUCACCUCUUUCCGCUGAAAAAUCUUCACACAGUCCUUUAGAGGAUUCUGAAGAAAAACUUUCUGCUGAGGAAAGCAAAGAGAGGAAUCUGCCUGAUGCCCAAAGUAACCUUGGAUUAUGGGGGGAUGGCAGAGGUGAAGAUGAGCUGUCACCUGAAGAAAUACAAAUGUUUGAACAGGAGAACCAGAGACUUGUUGGUGAAAUGAACAAUCUCUUCGAUGAAGUCAGACAAAUUGAAGGAAAAGUGGUGGAAAUCUCCAGAUUACAAGAGAUAUUCACUGAGAAAGUCUUGCAACAGGAGACUGAUAUUGACAAUAUCCAUCAAUUAGUUGUGGGUGCAACAGAGAAUAUAAAAGAAGGCAAUGAAGACAUAAGAGAGGCCAUCAAAAACAAUGCUGGAUUUAGAGUAUGGAUCCUCUUCUUCCUUGUGAUGUGUUCAUUCUCCUUGCUUUUCCUGGACUGGUAUGAUAAUUAAUUAAACAUAUAUUGGCUCCAUGCUCUGUUUGUAAAUGUUCUGACAUUUUUUUAAUGGAGCAGGGUAUAAUAGCAUACCUAUGUAUUUUAUGCAUUUUCUCAUACCUCUAAGAUGGAAAUGUUUUCCAGUAAAUAAAUUGUGCACAUAUCCAUUA